GCAUUUUGUAUUCAUCUCAGGAAGAAUGAUAGAUUUCAGUUUCAGUGCAAGAUGCUCCUGACUGACAUCACAUUAGCAAAUGCGAGGGUUCCCAGCAUUUAGCGCUUUCCCUUUUUUUGUUUUGCAUCUGUUGCUGACUGUCACUAACGUGGUUUAAGGUCUAUUUUUUGCUGACCAUGUCCGCGUCCAAGUGUAAUAGACUCGGCUAUUUCUGCCCUUGAUUUCCUCCCCUAUCGUGUGGGUGGUUAAACAUUUACCGAACACUUACCGCUUGCACAAUCGUGACAUAGCCAUGGGGAAGAACCUUCACACAACCUUUCAACCGAAAAACUUCCGCCUUGCGCCGGGAAUAGUCUUUUAAAGGGACAUUGAUCGGAGCGAGCGGGUCAGACGAGAUCUCCGCUGAGUUACUCCAGCAGUUUGUGUCUAUCUCUCUCCGGUGUAAACCAGCAUCUGCAGCCCCUUCCUCCGCUCUCUGCAAAACCAAUGGCUGCGAGGUUGCCCACCCGGGAGGAGUGUGAAACGUGGAGAAGCUGGGAUCUUGCCGAGUUUCUGCGAUCGAUAAAUUUAUACGACACUGCCAUUGUUGUGGAAAAGCAAAGAAUAUCUGGUGCAGUAUUCUUGAAUUCAUUCGAUAGUCUCCAAAACCGAUUCAAUGUCAUAGAUUGCCCGCAAAUACAAAAAAUAGUGAAUGACAUUAAAAAGAAUGAAGGUGGGAUUAUCAGGAAGUUUAAAAAGUUCCAAAAUGUGCAAGUGGCAGCGAUGCGUAAAACUGGGAAAAAUACUUGGGAUCGAAUCACUAAACAAGCACCACCUACUGUUCCUCACAGAGAUUACACAGAAGGAGCUGAAGGACCUGGUGAUGAACGGUGGUCUGACAAUGAAUUUGAUAAUUGUGAUUAUGAAAACCCAGAUGGACAUUCUGAAGACUCUGACACUUAUGAAGAUCCACGUGAAGACGGGGAAGGUGAUGAAAACUAUGAGCCACCUCCGAGUGAAAAUCCCAAGAAAAUGAUUCCAAACAUUUUUCAAGGUUUUAAAAGUGAAUAUGCAGACAAUCAAGCAGCAAGCCGGCCUGUGGUCCCUGGCUCAAAGCCGUCUCCGGUUCCAAAUAAGCGGAAGACGCCACCACAGCCCCGGGGAUGGAAGGAAGAUGAUGAGGGUGAUUACAUUGUCCCCAUGAAGGAUAGUGAACCCGAUGAUACAUACAUCGACCCCACAGAGCAAAGUGUCCCGCGACCAAUGUUGAAACCUCCUCUAGUGAACAGAGCAGGCAAGCCACCCAACAAACCGACAGGUUCAUCAUCCAGUCCCAAAGCAGGGCACUUCCACGAUUCAGACCAUGCUGCAUCUGAGGCACAGUCACGGUCAGAAAGCCCACAGUUUCAAGAUGUGUACGAAGUUCCUGAUGAAUUGGAGCCUUCACCACCAAUGUUCAGACCUAAGCCACAACUUCCGAAACCUGGGUCUUCAGGAACAGGGAGUCCACCUUUCCUUGCUCGCUUUCUUCCCAAAGUGGCCAUUACGCCAGAAGCACUCAGAAAAGAGCCACCACCGAACCGAAAAUUUCCCGCUUUGAAAACUGAGGAUGACAACGAAGAUGAAUAUGAAGUUUGUGACCAUGAGCCAGGUGAUUCCACAGAGGGUUCCAGGACCUUCAAUGUACCAGAAAUCCCAAUACCACCACAAAGGGAACUGAAACCAACAAACAGGCCACUCCCAAAGCCGAGAAUGCUGGAUACAAGGGAGCAGUCACACACGGAAGGUGAAAGCCCCAAGAUUGCCGAUAAACCUCGACCCACCAAUCCAGUUGAAGUUCCAGCUUUGCCAGCUCCACGCUAUGGUCCCAAACCACAGGCAUUGAGAUUAUCGUCUGCAAACCAUCCAAGUAUUCCAGAAACUCCACCCAGACACAAUGAAAUUCCGGCACGACUUUAUCCAGUGAUUCCUGCCAGUCCCAGUUCUCAUUCAAGUAUUGAACAGGAUCCGAGUGUAGAUGGCAAACCCUGGUUCACUAAUCAGUGUGAUCGAAAAACUGCAGAAGAGGCAUUACAGAAAUUCAAUAAGGACGGAUCAUAUCUUAUAAGAAAAAGCUCUGGACAGGACAUACGGCAGCCUUAUACAUUAGUUGUAUUAUACAAUAGAAAAGUCUACAAUAUUCCUGUCCGCUACAUUGAACUAACGCAAGAGUAUGCAUUGGGGAAAGAAAAGAGUGGUGAAGAGCGUUUUUACAGUAUUGCGGAUAUUAUUGAAAACCAUCAGAAGAUUCCCUUGGUUCUCAUCGACAUUCAAAAUAACACCAAAGAUUCAACCAAACUGAAAUAUCCAGUCAAGGAUUCGUGAAGUGUGUUUACUGAAUAGUAUUUAUAUCAUUUCCAUUUUAUAUCAUAUUUUCAAAUAAUGCAAAUUAUUUGAAUAAAAUGAGAUGUCUAAAUUCCUAUAAGAGAUGAAUUUUGUCAUGGUUAUUGUGUUAAUCAUAAUUCAUGAGCAGUUCAAACCAUUUUAUCAUUUAACCUAUUUAUUUGGACCUCAAAGGAAUGUAUUUUCAACAAUAAAUCACAUUAUUGAAGCUAUUGCAUGGUAUAAAAUGUCUACCACACAGAUGACGAAAAAUAAUAUUUUCUUGUCUACUCUUACUAAAAACGUGCUAUUUAUACUGUUGAACAAUGGUAAUAAAAUUUUUAAAUGA